AUGACAUCUUCGACACAAAGCUCGAAAAGACGAGGUAGGAGGUUAUGACGAAUCAUGGCUUUGCGAAACGUCAUGAAGGGCCAAGACGACGUGGCCACAUUACGGCGUUGGCCAGGAUUGCAAAACUUCGUGGGUUGAUCACCAGGAAUCACAAGCAAGUCGAUCCGCCAUGCAUGAGAGCCUUGAGGAGCCUUGUCGCUCCCUGCUCAGCCCUUUUGGAUGUCAAGAGGUAGGAACUGUACACAGCAGCGAUGAACGGAGGGCGCUGUAGGUGUCGUGGAUCGAUGAGAGUGGUGGUCGUGCCGCUAGCUCGUCGUCGUCGUCGUCGUCGUCGUCGUCGCCGCCGCCGAGCCCCGCAUGCUUGGACGCGUCUCCGAUGUCGGAAAGAGGGCGGCAAAGCAAAGCCAAUCAAUCAUUCCAACGACAGGCUUUUGCUCCUUCCCCUCCAAGUCACACCAUCGACUCCGCGAUCUCACCCUCAGCAUCACCGCCCGGCUGCGUGGCUCGCAAUGCCGCAGCUGUGGUACCACUUUCAGUCCGGAGGGACCGAGCAUCGGGUACUGCUACCUGGAGAACACCUCAGCCCUCAAGAGCACGUCGCCUCACAGACGACACUCAUCAGUCGAAGAGUCGAGGCAAUCUUCCCGUCAGACGGGGCCAUGGAACAAUCACGUCAAGUGUGUCAGUCACCGGAUCCUCACCUCCGCAAUGAAGCGUAUAGCGCCCCACAGCUCAAGCAACAGCCCGAAUCCACCGACACCAUGACCUCCGAAUCGUAUCCUUCGAACGACCACGUUCGCGUGAGCCCUCCUCAUCACCCUGCCAACGACUCGAACGACCAGCACGAUCAAAUUUUGGCAUCGUCGCACCCUGCUCAGGCUGCAUCUGCUCGGGCGCCUCGGCGAGCAGCCAUAGUCAAGAAGCAUUCUGCCGCCUCUGCCUCAUCACCGGCGACGACGCCUCGUCAUGCCGCGAUUCCUCUUCUACUGAGCGCACGCGUCCAUUCGUCUUCGCCCCAAUCCGACAUCCUGGAGCGAAAGCUGACCUUUCCGAUUGCAUACGGUCUUGACUGGAAGCACUUCACCUUCCACCAAUGGAAGCCCAAAACGAUCCACGAGCGGAUCGCCGCUCCUCUCCUCGGUGACGGCUACCUCUGCAAAGUCGAGCAUGGCGACGUCUACGUGACUUUUGCCAACGAGCUGCAGAUCAGGCUGCUGGGCUUCGGUCGAGGCAUCAUGGAAGGCAAAGCCUCGAUGACACUGCGCCGUAUCGAUCCAAAUACGCAGAAUACCCAUCAACCUACAGCAUGCAGUCCUGCUGCUUCAUGGGUCUUGAGCAACUUUCGCAUCCAAGUCGCCUCGGUCAAGUUCGUCACCUACUGGUGCACAUAUCAGCCUUCGGCGGGCGUCAUCACGCAAGACUGGGAGCACGCACUCCACCUUAUGGCAGAAGCACUCAAUGUCGCCGGUCACGGCAAGCCCACGGGCUACCGCGAGAGCGCUCCGGUCGGAGCAGAGCUCAAAGCAAUUGCCGUCCGUUUGCGGGAGGGAGGUGCUCGCUUCGCCCUCAAGAGCCUCGGUAGUGGGGAUCACGAGCUUAUCAUGCCGGGUGAUCAUGUCGACCACAUCUUCUUGGGCAGGCUGCCCCCUCCUCCUACUACCCGCUCGUCUGGCUCGGCCCAUAUUCCGGAGAGGUUGCGCACCAUACGCAUCUCUGGCUUCAAGCAGCCUCAACACCUGCUCCUCAAGGUUCAUCAGACGACGCUCGAGAGAGGCUACGACCGCUUGGACUGGGUCGUGCGUGCUGCAGAGGGCGACGCUAGCUCUGACCCAGUAGCACCUACACAUUGGACGCCCGUGCCAGACCAGGGGUCAUGGCAGGCCCUCUUCUUUGUCAAUCUCGUACGCGUAUGCUUUGGACGGCCGGGGACGCAGCUACUGCCCAUCGUCGAGGAGGAUAAGGAGGUCAGGGACACUAGGGAUGGAGAGCAAGGGGAUCAAGGCGUGGUGAAGCUGGAAGAAAAGAGGCGGCUCUCUGCAUCGACGACGGUGUCGAGCGCCGGUGCUAAGAGGAAGAGCGAAGACGGAAGUAUCGAUGACAAGCGCAGCGCCGCACAACGAAGCAGGAGGAGGACGGCAGCGUCAAUGUGGGAAUGAUAGCGCAGGCCGCUGCGGUGGAAGAGCUCCUCUUAGCGCUCGUCUUCACAACCACUCUCUCAGAUAUCCAUGUCACCGACUUCCUCUCAUUCCGAUGACAAUCAUCACCUCUCAAUCCCGUGCAUUAUGCCCUUGGUUGGGACAAGAUGUAUUGCACAGCUCACUCAGGUCGCCACGAGUUCGAAG